AUAUCAGUUUCAAACCAAAAUGUCUAUGAUUUUCCUAAUUGUAUGCAGUGCUGCUGUCUUGUUCUCAACUCUCGUUCACUGUAUGUCAUCUGGAUCGAACCGCCCAUCAUCGAAUCGUCGUGGUCUCAACAGAGAUCCAAAAAUCGACCCGGAUAUUCAAAAGCAAUAUGUUCCACUUCUUCCAAAUUGGGACUCACAACUUCCAGAAGUUCUCGAAGAAUCGAUGAAAGUUCAGUCGAAAGUUCGAGCGGAAGAUGGAAGAGAAUCAGUUAUUGAUAACAUUUGAAGCAUUUUUUUUGGCAAAAGUGAACUAUUUUUGAAAUGAAUUUUAUUGUCGAUUU